UUUUUUCCUGCUGGACUUUGUACCUGUUCACAGCUUGUUUCAUUUGUUUUAGAUAGGAAGAACUUACUUGACUCGCACAAGAUGAGCGGAUGGGUAUGUGUUUUGUUAGAUGCAUUGUGAUUUGCUUUGUAAAUAAUAUUUCUCUAUUGGUUGUGUGGAAAAUGGUAAUCUGAGCAACACAACUAUGUAAUCUAAUUCAACCAAUCCCCUAGUGAAAAUAAACAAUUCGUAAUGUCAGGAAUCUUUAAGUAUGUUUGAAAUGCUGUGUGCUUCAUUUUAUGUAAGGGGAAAUCCACACCUCAUCUGUGUAUGUGUAUGUGUGUGUGUUGUCGGGAAAACCUCUCCUUGUCUUUCAGGUUCCUCACACACCUGUGGGUGUAAAGGGGGCGGAGAUUGAUCUAAACUCUCCUUUACAAUGUCACUGCUUCUUACUUCUCAUUUCACUUUUGCUGUGUUUAUGCCUGCACUGGACUUGUUUAUUUUAUUGUGGUUAGUUUUUUUUUUUUUACUUUUAGAAAAUCCUCUGUAUUUAUGUGUUUAGCAAAGAGUCUGUUUUAGGAAAUCCAGCAUGGCUGAGAGUGUCCUAAAUAUUCCGGACUUGAAGGAUCUGGAAGAAGAGGAAUUGUGGAAUCUAAUUGACGAUAACCGCCAUGCCAUUUCUCUUGGGGUCCGUCCCUGUGUUCUCAUCCCUUACCUGCGACAGGCACGAGUCCUCACAGACCUGGAUGAGGAUGAGAUUCUCACUUGUUUCAGUUUUACUAACCGUGGCAUGAAGACAAGUCAUAUGCUUGACUUAUUACGUGUACAGGGUCAUAAUGGUGCAAUGGCUCUGCUUGAAAGUCUGAUGAUUCAUUACCCCACUCUCUACACACGGAUCACCGGCCGCCAGCCUAGCAUUGAGCCUUCAGGCUUCAGCGGCCUGAUAAAUUACAAUGAGUUGACAGAGUACCUAGUUCAUGCAGUGAGCAGUAUGCAGUCGGAGCUACAAGUGGCACGGCAUGAGGCUGCGCGGCUACAAGCCAGAUGUUGUCAACUUGAGGGGAAACUGGAACAGGCCCAACAAAAUAAUGAAGAGCUCAGCCAGAUGCAGGGAGAGCAUGCACAACUGCGCAGUCACCUGGAUGGUUUAAACAGGGAGCUGCUGAAAUUGAAGGAUGAGAAAUGUGAUCUCUAUGUCAGAUAUACCACUUCUCUUGAGGAGAAGUCUGCAACUAUUGUACGCAACAGAGACCUGCAACUGGAGAUUUCCCAGCUGCAGCAUGAGUUAAAGAAGGCACAGAAAGAGACAGACUUUGAGAGGCAGCGUUCCUUGAAGAAUCCCAGUGACACACAGAAGCUCAAAGAUGAGCUCAACGCUGUACGCGCAAAGUUACUGGAGACAGAGACAUUGUUCCCAGUACAGCAGGAUAUCCUGGCCCAUGAUUUAAAGGAGGUCGAGAACAGACGUUCAGAACUAGCUGAGGAAGUCAGCAGGCUGAGUGAGGAGAAUAUACGACUGCAGCAAGAGAAAGAAGAGCUCCUAGAAGAGAAGGACUGUUUAGCCCUGGAGGUGGAGAAGUUGACUGUGGACUGUGAGAUGUAUCAGCACAGGAGUACCCUGUUCCAUAGUCAGCUAGAAGAAGUGCAGGCAGAGAGAGACAAGGCAUAUUUAUCCCGAGAUGAGGCUCAGGCUCAGAUUGCACGUAGUCUCGCAGAGAAGGACGUGCUGAGAGGCCAACUCAUGGAGCUACAGGCAAGGGUUUUUGCCAUGAAAGCCUGUAGCAAGCAAAGAGAAAGAAGAGAAAAAUCCAGGGACAGGAUGUUUAGUUGUGACAGCAACAGAGGUUCGUGCAGUGAGUUCCCUCCUUCCAGUCCCCCAGCUAGAAGACAGUUAUGCCGCUUGAAUGCAAUUCUUCCAGAGAGUUUCAACUCGGAUGACGGCUGUGAGUUCGGUGAUGAAGGAAUCUGCAGUUCCAAUCAAGUAGAGCCCCCCUGUUCUGAAUCUCUCCGCAGACGAGACUUUCCCUCCAGAAGUGACAUGGAAGACAUUUACAGCAGUCAGGAUUCUCUCAGCUUUGACCAUGAUUUUGUUUUCAUUUCUAAAGGAGAUAGUUUUGACGAGUCAAAAUCACCAGUGUCACUUCCCUGUUCUAAUAGCAGAAGGAGCCCUAAUGGCAGUGUCUCAAGAGCAUCAGCUCCCCCCUUCCUAAUGCGCUCCAGACCUCAGGCCCUGCGUAUCACUGGUCGUGUACUCAAUGUGUUUUUCCAGGGAGAAAUGCUAUUGAACCAAAUACAGGUCAUCGGGGGAAAUAAGACUGGUGUGUUUGUGCAUCAUGUGACUGAAGGAUCAUCUGCUCAUAACACUGGCAUCAGCCCUGGAUCUCAGAUACUUCAGCUGAAGUAUGAGCGGGAGCAGAGAGCUGUACGAAUGGUUCUGGAAGAUACUACUAUGGAAGAGGCCCUUUGGGCCAUGGGGCAAGUCCAGGGACCAUGCCACAUUACACUGAGACCCAGCCAAGAUGCCUAUGAGAACCUCCUACAGCAGCUAAAGAAUGGCGAGGUGAUGUCGGGUGAUUCCUUUUACAUUCGUGUAAACAUGACAAUGCCGGGGGAUGUAGCUGGAACUCUCGCAGUCAAGUGUAAUGACAUUCUCCAUGUGACAGACACUCACCAUUCCAAUGAUGGCUCCUGGUGGGCCAGUCACGUGCACCCUUGUCACUUGGAAGACCUGAAGAGUGGGGUUCUGCCCAACUACUACAGAGCACAGAGGCUCUUAAUCAGGGCUUUAGAGGAUAUGACCUACCCUCGCAAAACACAAAGAAAGGAGAAAACUUUAGCUCAUGAGAAGCAGAGAGCGGCGAGGAUUGUCAUCACUGGUCAGCAAAGCAGAAACCCACUGUGGCUUAGUGUGGAGGAUGACAACAACCCAGCACAGGACAGUGAUGGCUGUGUACCCAGCAGAUGUGUGACCCUAAUGCCCUACACCCUGGUCUCACCUCGUUUCCCACCCAUCUGCAGACCAGUCCUCCUCCUUCCCACGUUGCUUGGCCGUGUCUUACAUAAACGGUUGGCAGAACAAGAAGGUUUUCAGCUCUGUGAGCCAGAGUUGCUGAUGGCAAGUGAACAUGCCAUUCAAAUGCAGAAGGGGGAGAUUCUCGAAGAAUGUGAUUCGAAAACACACCUAAGCUAUACACUACAGGGAGUGGAGAAGAUCAUGAAACGGGGCACUCACUGUGUGUUACCUCUGGGUUUGGACUGUGUGCGUCGUCUCCACCGUGCCGAAAUCUUCCCCAUCAUCAUCUACAUUAUGUCUACAGAGAGGAGUCUCCGCAGAUUGAGACAAAAACUACGGCAGAAUGUUUUGACUGAGUCCCAGGUGCUGGAGUGUUCCUGCAGCGAGGAGCCCCUUCUGGAUAAACUGCCCUGCCUUUACCAGAGUAUUCCACCAGAGAGCUGGCAUGACAGUACCACCCUAACUGACACUCUGAAAACUGUGGUGGCAGAGGAGCAGCAAAAGAUUGUGUGGGUUGAGUCAGAUACCUGGUGAAAGAGUAUUGGUAAUGAGAGCAUAAAUUCAAAAUCCCCUCACCUCAGUUUUAGAGUAUUAAGGCCAAUUUAUACUUCUACAACGAACCUACUUUGUAGACACGGUGUAGUUCUGUUGUUUAUGAUAUAGCCUGAUGUGCACCUCUCCAGAAAUGUUGUGAUUGGCCCCUUACCCUAGGAUGAAAAAAAUCUACAGUAGCUCUGCAUCCUUUGGGAAUGAAAAAUAGAGCUUGAAGCUUCUGAUGAAAGCAGAGAGGCUGAUUAAACAAACAGUAGGCUAGACAGAAAUGAUCAUAAACCAUAAAUCAAUUUAAUGGUCCAAAAUGUCCAUAUUCACACAACGUUUUUUAUCCGUACAACAAUUUUGGUCAUAAUAUGAUUAAAAGAUAGUUCUACUAAACAUUUACUAACCAGUCCACAAAGGCAACACUGCAGAUCCAAAGAAGAAAUAUAAUAGGACCUUUAGAUAGGGGUAAACUGAAAAGCACAUUUUGUGCAUUUAGAGCAAAAAUAAAUAAAUAAAUAAAUUGAAGGCCUGCUACAAAGCUAAGAAGUUGUACAUUACUGUUCAAAAGUUAAGGGUUGAAAAUUAUACUUUUAUUUAGUUGGCAAAAUAAAGUUUUAUUUACUGUCACUGAUUUACAGUGACAGUAAAAAUGUGAGUUGUUAGAAAAAAAUUCUAUGUUAGACAAAUGCUGUUUUUUAAACUUUAUAUUCAUCCAAAAAAACAUUUCCCCUAGAAAAUUCAGCAGAACAACUGUUUUUAACAUAAAUAAUCAUGUGUAAUGUUACUAAGUAUCCAAAUCUUAUCCAAACAUAUCAGAAUAAUUUCUGGAUUAUGUGACACUAAAGACUGCAGUAAUGGCUCCUGAAAAUUCUGCUUUGCAAUCACAGGAAUAAAUUACAUUUUAACAUUUACUAAAACAGAAAACAGUUAUUUUAAAUUAUAUUAUUUUUACAAUAAUCCUGUUUUUACUGUAUUUUUGAUCCAUUAGAUAUUGAGCAUUUUGAGACUUUUGGAAGGUAGUGUGUUGUAUAUGUAAAAAGCAGUGUUUCGUCAUUUGUCUGCAUUUGUCUGAGGGCUCCAUGACUAUCAUUCAGUGUAUAUGCCAGAACUUAUAUAUAUAUAUCUUAUAUAAAAUAUAUAUAUAUAUAUUUUAAAUAUUAACAUACUCGUUAGAAAUGGGUAUACAAGGUGCUUUAUUGGGACUUGUUGCUAAGGUGCAUUAUAUAUUUUUUAUAACUAUAAUCUGAAUACUCUAUAAUAUUCCACUAUUUUGAAUUAUCUGAAGAAGAAGAAAAAAUUUGCUCUGAAGGAAGCUGUAAAUCAUAUCCAUUGAGGGGCAUUUGAAUAAUUUAGAUAAGCUAUGUUCACAACUGCACAACAGAAUAAUAUUAAAUCAGAUUUCACCUACUAACCGUGAAAUUUGUUUACAAGGAGUCAGUUACCUAAGUUACAUUAAGUAGCAACAAAGCACAAAAUCCAUCUGAUAGUCUAUUUAAUAGUGUUGUUUACCCCAGGCUCACAAAUAAAUGUCUUUGUUCAACUUAAGGAAAAAUACAAACAAGCUGUCAUUAAUGCACAGAAAUUCCCAAAAAUUUUGUAUAUAGAGCAUUGCCAGGGCCUUUUCCCCUCAAGCCUGUAUCUAUUUUUAACUGCACUGCAUGCAUUUUGCCAGACCAAAUGGUCUGUCAUACAUUGUGAAUUGUUUUUACUCAGAUUCAUAUUACGUGUUGUUUUUGUAAAACAAAAAAGUGAACACUUUUCACAGUUUCAAAACCGACAGUUUAAAACUGAGAGCAAGUAACUAUUGUAUAGUGAGUUAUAGAUAAUACUCAUUACAAUGUUAAUGUUCUCUUUUAUAUUUUUAUAUUCUAUUUCAUUAGAAAUUCUGACAUAUGCUUCACCAUUUGUGUACAAUUCUUUUGUAGAGUGUAUCUCUUUGAUUAUGUAAACACUUUUUUUUUUUUUCUU